CGGGCGCUACGCGGAGGCAGGUUAGGCCUCGUGGUCUCGGUUCGGGGGUCGUGGGACCCUUUGCCUCCUGGAGAAGCCCCUCUGAACGUCUCCGGCUCCCUUCCCUGACGCUGCCGGUUGGUGGGUAACUUGCUGGUCAUCACUGGGAAAACAAUGACACUGGAAAAAUUUAGUCACUCCCACCUUAACAUAGAUGAAUCUUAUCAUCACUAAACGUGGACCAACCUGACAUUCUGUGUCUCCAGCAUCGUCUGUGAGUAUUCUUUAACUGCAACAUAACAUAAUCAAGCAGGAACUACAGGAUUGAAGGAAAAAAAUGACACCCAGAGGAAAAAACUAAAGCAAAUGAUAGGACAUUCUGCAGAACAAAUAGCUUAGUCUUUUAAAUUAAGUCAGUGUCAUUAAGAAAAAUAAAGCCCUUCCCUGCAUUUGUUGGGCUGCUGCUCGUCCGGAAUCAUGGUGCCGUUACUGUGGAAGGGGCUGGUGGGCAUCGGCCUUUUUGCUCUAGCCCACUCGGCCUUCUCUGCUGCGCAGCAUCGCUCUUACAUGCGAUUAACAGAAAAGGAAGACGAAUCGCUGCCAAUAGAUAUAGUUCUUCAGAUACUUCUGGCCUUUGCAGUUACCUGUUAUGGUAUAGUUCAUAUUUCAGGGGAGUUUAAAGACAUGGAUGCCACUUCAGAACUAAAAAAUAAGACAUUUGACACGUUAAGGAAUCAUCCAUCAUUUUAUGUAUUUAAUCAUCGUGGUAGAGUACUGUUCCAGCCUUCGGAUACAGCAGAUUCUUCAAACCAAGAUGCGUUGUCCUCUAACACAUCGUUGAAGUUACGAAAACUUGAAUCACAGCAUCGUUAAGAUUUUUACAAAUCAACAACAGGACAGGACACAGAGCUGGAAUAUUGGAGUUUGGGGUAUAAAACACCUCCCCCAUUGGUACUUAUAUUGAUCUUUCAGACCUACUUUUAAAAAGUCUAUGCCCCUUGUUUUUAUACUGUUCAUCAAAUCAUUGAUGCAGUAUAAAUUAUCUGUAAAAUGAGUUUUUGGUCUUUAGAGUUUUUUUCAUUUAAAACAAAUUUGCAUAUUUUGUAAAAGUCACUGUUUUGAACACAUUUCUUUGAAAAAAAUGUUUAUGUUUUUGUAAUCGUUUUCUUAGAUUUCUUUUGCACUACAGUUUUUAGGAUCCUUUUGUAAACAUUGUGAUGACUGUAUGUUACAGCAAGAAUGAUAGUAAAAUGGUCUUUAGUUCUUAACGACAAAUGGAGUUCUCGAAAGAGAUUAAAAAAGGUGACUUAUCAGUUUUUCUUAUGCCCCCUAAAAAGUAGCUCAGCUUUAGCAUAUACUUGCUACUUUUUAAUUUAUCCUUUAUUUCUCACCCCACCUGACUCCCAUGUACCUUCUAACAUCAAUUAUUUUGUUUCAUCACUUCUCUGGGGUUCUUUGUGCAGUGAGCAAUUUUUUUGUGUCAGCAAUUCUUUGUCAUAACAAAUAUAUUUAACAAACUCAACUUGAUGUAAAGCUACUGUGUUCUCUUCAUUUAUCUGUAAACAAUUUCCCUAAUUGGUUAUAUAGUAUAAGAAUAGUUGGAGAUAGACCAGAAAGACCCUUUGAUUAAUUAUCUGGCCUAUGUAGAAGAAUAAUAAUCACUGAGGAAGCCUGAUUAUCAUUAGCCAGUUUAACUUAUUCAAAGACUGUUAUUUUAUUGCAUACUAUACUAUUGAAUUAGUAAAAAUAAAUGUGUCAUUAAAGGUAGACUUCAAAGGAAUUGGGCCAAAAAUGUUCUAAAUGUUUGGAACUACUAUCUUAAAUUUUUAAAUAAAUUAACAUCAUUUAAGAAAUUGUUCUGUG